AAACCCCGGCGCUGGAUUCUGAUCGGAGUCACGAACCUGAUGCGCAUGCGCGGUGUCACGGCGCCAGACCCAUUCUGCUCUACCGCGGUCGGGUUUUCAGCAGGUCCCAGCCCGUCACUCCCCGGGCCUGCUCAGGCUCCGCCCAUCUCGCUCCGGACCGCAGCUGCGUCUGACUGCAAGCGCUAGCAGGGUAAGUGCUGGUACUUCACGCACAUGCCCUCUGGACUUGCCCCUCCAUUGCUGAGCUCAGGAAAGUGACAAGGCCCCUGUUCCCCAGCCCGGAGGCAGCCAUGGCUGCAGAGAGCCCCAUGCAAAGUCUCUGGGAGGAAGCGCCGCGUCCCGUCUGUCUGGAGGAUUUCACAGCCCCAGUCACUCUAGAGUGCGGGCACAAUUUCUGCCAGGCCCCCCUCAGCCCUCAGGGCAGAGACACUGAGCAGCAGGGACCCCUCCGUUCCAAUCUGCAGCUGGCAAAUGUGGUGGAACUAGCCAAGCCCCUGAGUUUCCAGGCAGCAAAGAAAGCAAGAUGGGAUGGGGUGUGCAGGGAGCAACAGGAGGCUCUGAAGCUGUUCUGUGAAGAUCAAACUCCAAUCUGUGUGGUGUAUGACAGAUCCCAGGAUCACACAGUGGUGCCUGUACAGGAAGCUGCCCAGGAGUACAAGGAAAAAUUGGAGGCCCAUUUGAAGACUCUGAGGGAAGAGAGAGAAAAGGUGCUGGGAAGGAAAACAACAGCAGAAGGGAAAAGCCAGGAGUAUCUGAAAUGGACCCAAGUGGAGAGGCAGAUAAUUGUGGCCAAGUUUCAGCAGUGGCAGUUCCUGGAGGAACAAGAGCAACUCCUCCUAGUCCAGCUGAAGAAGCUGGAUGAGGAGAUUGGGAGGCUCCAGACUGACACUGUCUGGAAACUCUCUGUGCAGAUUUCCCGUAUCAGUGAGCUGAUUGGUGAGCUGGAGGGGAAGUGUCAGAAGCCAGCAAAUGAAUUCCUGCAGGAUGUAAGAAGCACCCUGAGUAGGUGUGAGAUGGAGCAAUUCCAGCUGUCAGAGGAGAUUUCCCCUGAACUGGAAGAACAAGUCAGAGGUUUCUCCCAGAAAACGAUUGAGCUGUUGGAGACUUUGAGGGAGUUCAAAGACACUCUGCCCUCUGCACUAGAGAGAGCAAGAAGAAAAUCCCUGGGAGCUUACAGACAGGGUGAGUUUGCAAGUGGAGAUUCUUUAAAUGAUGAGAACAUUCCUAUGAAAACAUCUUCAUGGGAUUGUCAUUGAAGUUACCAACCAAACCCAGCGACCACGGCACUCUCAGCCCUAAAUCUCAUCCACUGAUCAAUGAGGAGACCCAGGGGCACUACAUGGGGAUCUGUGGACACUUGGAGAAACACUCGUU